AUGGGGAACCAGUGGGAUUCGUACAACCUAAAAAAAGGUAUUCAGCAAGGGGAUCUGUUGCCUCCGUUCUUGUUUGUGAUUUUUGCAGAACGUAUUUCAGCUUUGUUAGAUGUAUGGGAAGCUCAAGGACGGUUACAAGGGAUCAAGGAAUGUUGUGAACUGAAAAGUUGUGUGGUGUUCAGUGCGAAUGUGACCGAUGUGGAUGCACAAUUGCUUACCAAUUGCCUUGGUAUGACUCGGAUGGAUUACCAUGAUCGUUAUAUCAGGAAGCAACCGUUAAUUACAUACACGUUUAUAAGGUAUCUGAUAAUUUUCUGGAUUGCAGAUAAGCAAUGGAGGCGAAAGCAAAUACGCAGGAUUACAGAUGAGGUGUUUGAUCUUUAUUUUAAAAGUGAGACAGGAAGCGUUAACUUGAAUUUUGACGAUCUGUACAUCGGUGUACUACUUGUGUUCAAUGAACUCAAUAAGCGUUUACCCGGCCCGCAUAUUGAUCCACCCUCCAAAGAUAUUGUCUUAGAUAUGAUGAAGGAAAACGAUCUCAAUCUUGAUGGAGAAAUUGACCGCGAAGAGUUUGCAAACUUCAUCAAGCAGUUGACAGCGGACACAUUCAUUAUUGUCAGUCAAGGACUGAUCAUCACACUGGUUGCAGCACCGGCGUUUGCAAUGGCGACAAAGAGGGCUACCGAGGGUGUACCGGGGGUUGGAAAGGUCGUGCAAAGGUUACCCAAUUCAGUUUAUGCAUCCCUUCUGACUUUUACUGUUGUGUUGUUUCAACAAGCGCGCCAUUAGUUCGUUUAGCUGCAAGUUUGUUCUCAGUUCAAGCCUUCUAUGGUCUAUUUAAAAGACUUGAUUAUAUAUACCUUUUGGAUUAAAAAGUUAAGUCUCGUCAGUUGGGUAUUUGUGGCUGCACAAUAAGUACAAGGAGAAUGGUGUUUGAACUUAUCGUAUAUAAAUAGUUGUCUUUUGGAAGUUAACCACUUUAGUUCAUCCUUGUAACUGCCUCUAAAUUUCCUUAACACUA